AUGACUCGCAACAACCUUGCCGAGCAUCUGUCCUGGCUGUUGAAUGAUCAAGCCUGCUCCAAGCCUGUAACGCCAUCUUUUCCAGUCUGUAGCGACUCUUCUCAGAUUAGCUUGCCUCAAUCUCAACACUCAAGCUCCCAAGCACGACAGAACAUACGGACUACUACAUCUGACCGCCCCGAAGUCGUUACUCGAGGGAGAAGCGACGCGUCCGGUACAUCCAAUGGACGGGCUGGAUUGGGCCCAAUAUCGCGGCAGAUGGACCAGGUGAUAUUCGACGACGAGGAAGACGCCAUGGGACGCCUUGUGCUCAGCUCGAAAGCCAAGAAACCCAGCCUUGUUUCCAAACCACAGCAAUUCCCUACGCCUUCAACUGCCACUCAGGACAUUUCAACCCAGCGAGAUGUUAUUGUCAAACGAUUGAAUGAGUCGCCACCCGAAAAAACACAAGUUCCAAUGUCGGCUCCAGCCCGACAGCCCACGAGUAGUCCCGACUUCCCAGAGCUCAAGACUGGCGGUAUCGAUUAUAUGGACUUGACCGACGAUACCUUUGCUUCUUCCGAUUCAUUGUCUUUCGAUAGUGACGUGAAGCUAUGGCGCGAAGACUAUGCGACUCGACCAGAACCCGAGCCGGCCGUGUCAAGCGGUAGGAAGAGGAAGAGCAAUGAGAUUUCCAAAGAGGAAUUUAGCGAUUUCGGUGAUCUACCCGACGUCUACGAACUUCUAGGCACCGAACCUCCACCUCCAAGCCCGACACGAUCCGCUCGACGCAAGAAUGGACUGUCUAGUACUCGAGCUCGUCAAAUCCGCGACAUCCCAUCAAUUAGCGAGGAAGACCAUGUUAUGUUGUCGCCUUCAACUCGGGUUCGCAACCAGUUUAUCCGCGAAAAGAGAACAGCCCCCUUUAAUGAGUCCAACCAGGACCUGAAAGGUUCUACAAACCCAUUGAAGGCACCCGCAAGCUCUGGAGAUACCAAAUUACCACGAGCACCAUCACUACCGCCAAAUACAAUACCUACAGGGGAUGAGCUAGUUAUUCCCGACUCUGAUGACGAGUUUCUUACACCGCCGUCUCAUAAUGACUCUCUCACUAUUUUGAAGGCUUCCACGGUCGGAAGCGACAGCGUUGAGUCGCCGGAGCUCAAGCCUCCUAUAUCGGCUGUCAAAAUUGACCUCCAUACGACCUCCCAACGUCAAAUUUCGUCUGGCUCAACUAUUACUGGCGAGCCAACAAGCACAACAAACAGCUCACAGUCCAAUAGACCGAUAGCUGGCGAUAGUCUUCACGAGUCACGUGGCGGGGCCUUUCCUCCCUCCAGCCAAGAACCGGUUCUCCUCAAGCAAUUGGCUUCCGACUCAAAUGCCUUGACCAAUUGGGCAGAGUUUCUCGAUAGACUCAUUCAAGAAAAUGGAAAGAAGUUUUCGCAGGCAAUAAACGAAAGAUGGUCGAAACCGCAGCGUGCAGAGGUCAAGGCUGAGAAAGAGCGUCUGAAACGGCAACGAUCUGCUAUCGCUGAACUCGCUGGCCCAGUCGAAGAAUACAGAAUCCUCGGCGAGAAACGAGAGAGGCUGGCCCAGCAGAUCGCUCAAGCCUAUGAGGAGAGUCUCGAUACAGACGAGGACGAAGUUCGGUUAGAUGAUCUUACUGAUGAAAUCCAAGAAGUUGAAGAUGGCCUCCUUAAAAGCAUUCGGGAUGCUAGGCUCGAUGUUGGCGGGUUUCUUGCGACCACUAAGACCUCACAUCUUGGUCCAGCCCCUGCACCAGUUGUCGUACUAGGUACUCAACCCGUCUUUCAAAACAAUGUCAAUAUGUCGAUGGCUUCACGAGAUGCCAUCCCAGCUAGCGAAACGGGCACACAAGUGGUUCAUCAGACUCAGUUACCUAAAACAAACGCUUGGAACCCCCCAGGCUCUAGAAUUGAAGCAUCGCAAGGGCUAAGCGUUCUUUCACAGGAGGAUGACGACCCUUCUGCACUAUUCCCAAGAGAUCCUACAAGAGCGUCAGGAGCGCCUUAUCAACAGGGACGGAUACUUAAAUCUAGGCCAGCAAGUCUCAUCCCUGUGGAUGCAGAGUUUGAUGUCAGUGACGAAGAGCCGUCGGAUCCGGAAGACAUUCAGUCUCGUACCCAGGCCCGGCCUCCAAACAUAUUCCCGCAUCUGAGUAGUAGUAGCCGACGGACGCCGCAAGCGACACAUCACCGAGCGUGCGAUGAAUUCAGUGAUUUCAGCGACGAUGAGGAGAUGCUCGCUUUUGCACAGGACUACGAGACCCGUCAAUCUCUGGCACCCGAAUCGCAAGACCAGAGAAAGAUCUUUUCAGAGACGUCAGGUAAUGCGCCAGCAGCGGCAAAGUUACGAGCGAUAUCAAAAAAGUCGCUACCCUUGAUGGCUUCUGAAGCGAUCCCUGCCCAGCUGAUGAAGUACCCAUGGUCAUCCGAGGUCCAGAGGAUGCUUAAAGAUCGGUUCAGAAUGAAGGGUUUCCGUUGCAACCAGCUCGAGGCAAUCAAUGCUACGCUUGGAGGCCAAGAUGCCUUUGUACUAAUGCCGACGGGCGGCGGCAAGUCACUGUGCUACCAACUGCCGGCUGUUGUCAAGACUGGAAAAACUCGUGGUGUCACAAUUGUUGUGUCGCCAUUGCUCAGCCUGAUGCAAGACCAGGUUGAUCAUAUGAAAGCUUUGGGGAUACAGGCCGUUGCGUUCAAUGGAGAGUGCUCAGCUGAAUACAAGAGGCAAGUCAUGAGUGCUUUCAAUGAGAAAAGCCCGGAACAUUUUCUGGAACUAUUAUAUGUUACCCCGGAGAUGGUGAGCAAAAAUGUCAAUUUCAACAGCGGGUUGGAAACGCUUCAUCGUAAAGGGAAAUUCGCACGUCUUGUGAUCGAUGAGGCACACUGCGUCAGUCAAUGGGGUCAUGAUUUCCGCCCAGACUACAAGAUACUUGGUCAAGUACGCCAAAAGUACCCAGGAGUGCCUGUUAUGGCCCUCACAGCUACCGCGACCAAGAAUGUCAUUGUCGAUAUCAGGCACAACCUUGGAAUGGACAACUGCCAGAUUUUCUCACAAAGCUUCAACCGCCCGAAUCUGUACUACGAAGUCCGCCCGAAGACAACAAACGAGAAGGUUAUGGAUGCAAUUUCUUCUCUUAUUCAUUCCAGAUAUGCAAAUCAGAGUGGAAUUGUCUAUACUAUCUCACGAAAGAACGCUGAAAAGGUUGCUGAGAGCCUCUCGGGUAACGGUAUCGCGGCCAGGUUUUAUCACGCAGGUUGCGAUCCCCAGGAAAAGGUCGAUGUUCAGAAUUCCUGGCAGAGAGGACAUGUUAAAGUUGUGGUUGCUACAAUCGCAUUUGGAAUGGGUAUUGACAAGCCUGAUGUGAGGUUCGUUAUACACCAUGGUCUUCCAAAGAGCCUGGAAGGCUAUUAUCAGGAGACUGGCCGCGCAGGCAGAGAUGGCAAUCCUUCUGACUGCAUUCUUUUCUACGGAAAGGCGGACAUAAGAGUCCUGAAGAAGCUGAUUGCGGAUGGAGAUGGUAGCCACGAUCAAAAAGAGCGCCAAAUGUCUAUGCUGAAUAGAGUUACGGCUUUUUGUGACAACAAAUCUGAUUGUCGAAGAACUGAGAUUCUUCGCUAUUUUGGGGAAGACUUUUCUGCAGCACAAUGCAGAAAAAGCUGCGACAACUGCAAGGCUGGGUUGACUUUCGAGCAACAAGACUUUUCUGAAUAUGCCGUUGCUGCCAUCAAAGUUGUCCAAGCCCAGAACCGCAUCACGGCAGUGCAAUGCUCCGAUAUUCUCUUGGGUAAAAGGUACCCCGCGAAUGAAGCAGAACUUUCUGACGAGUGGCAUGGCAUGGCAAAGGGCCUUAAGAAACAUGAGCUGAUCCGAGUCAUCGACAAGUUAUCGGCCGAAAAGGCUUUCAAUGAGGAUAAUCAGGUUGGUCGCCAUGGCAUGGCGAUUCAAUAUCUACGUCUUGGACCAACAUAUCGAUCGUUCCUCUCGGGUCAACGUAGGUUGAUGCUGUCGAUUCAGGUGCCGGAGCCUGGUGCAGCCAAGAAAACCCCCAAGUCUCGCUCCAAGAAAGGCAGCAAGGCAUCGGCCGAGGAAGAAGUCUCGAAUAUGCCCUCAACGUACGUUUCUUCGCCUGUCGGCCGGCAGAAAAAGAAGUCGCGGACGACCGAGACUGAUCGCGGGAACACUGGGCAAACAGCAUACUCGUGGGAGGAUGCAGGUUUUGUAGUGGACGAUGAUGAUGACUACGACGACGCCUUUGACAAUCUCCCCCAACAUCGGCCCGCGAAGCCACCCUCUCGUACUUCCGGGCCGCCGAUAUUGGUCGAUACCGACCUGGGAAGCCUGGAUGAAAUACACCGAGACAUGGUUGAAAGUUUUGUAAGGGAAGCAAAGCAAACAGAGGAGAAGAUUCGCAACCAGAAAAGCUUGAGAAGGCCUUUGUUUACCGACAAAGACUUCCGACUCAUGGCUAUUCAUUGGACUACCUCCCUCGAGAAGAUGCGCAGGAUCCCAAGCAUCGACCCCGACAAAGUCAACGAUUACGGUCCUAGGAUCCUCCGCAUUUUGCAAAAACACUACAAUCACUAUCGAGAAGCCAUGGAUCCUCGGAGUGGUAGCCGAGAUCAGGACGUGGUGGACCUUAUCAGCUCGGAAGUCGAGAUGGAUGAUGAAGGCCUCGAGGACGAAGACGGCGAGGAUUCGCACUACUUCAACGGCAGCUCAAGGCCAGAUGUGCAGGCAUUUCACAGCAGGCUUCAGACCCUAGGCAGCACACAAGCUCAGACCAAGACGCGAGCGUCUAGUAAGAGCAACGGAGGCACGAAGAGGUACACAGGGGGGAAAAGAUACCCCAGCAAGAAGCCUACAAGUGGCGUGACAAAACGCAGAAGUACUGGUGCCAGCUCCAGCCGUAAAGCUAGCGGCUCAUCGACAGUAGGCAGAAUCUCCGGCAGCGCCCCAAAGACGCUCAAGAAGAGCGGGAUAGGGUUGAUGCCCAUGUAA